AGACACCGAAAAAUAAUUACACUGAGGAGAGGAACGAGAGAGGGGGAAGAGGAGAGAACUAAAGGAUAUUCGUAUCGUCCAAUUAUUUCUCUCAGUCUAUCCCUCCAUCACCUCCUUUGAUCUCAGGCAAAGUGUUGGAGCUAUUUAAAGACAUUCCUCGAAUCAAACAGAAAAACCACAAUCCCCAUUACGCUUUGCACUGAAAACCAGGAAAGCCUCUUCAAUUACAAGUACAAUUCCCGCAGGAUCUACAUAUUCCAGAAUUUAACGCGAAACCAUAACCGCAGUCAGAUGUUACCUUGGGAAAUACAUUGUCUUAGAUUACUUUUUUUCUAGUGUUAAUGGGUUUUCAGGGAUUUUUUCUUGGGAGUUAGUGGAAUACGAGAAUCAACUGAAUGUUUGUCUUGCUCAAGAAAAACAAGCUUGAUCAAGGGACAUACAAGGGUAAAAAAGAGCUCCACUGGAUAUUUAUUGAAAGAUACUCCAGAGACCCAUAGGGGAGUGAUUAGGCCUGGAGCUCCAGAAUGACCUAAUCAUGGAAAUUAAUCUUGAGGUAUUCAGGCUUUAUUAAUAAAGGUUGAAAACUAGGUUGUGGACGUGGCUCACUGGAUCACAUGUUUAUGGGCGCCAUCAUCAGGGAGGGCAUUUGAUUGACACCGCCAAGGUGGACACUGUCCCCACAGAGUCUGCAGAUUGGCCUAGUUUCUCAGAAGAGCCCACCCCAGUCAUCUCAACCAAAGUGGGCGGAUUCUCUCCUUGCAGGGACCUUCCGUUCACUCUAGUGUGGUGUGCGCUACAAUUGGCUGACUGAGGCAGGGAAUGCAAUGCUGAUUGGAGGAUGUCGGGGGACUGGGAUGAAGACCUGUGUAAGAAGGCCCUCAUGCUGGUGGAGGAGCUGUGCUUCUCGGGGGGCUACAGCCAGAGUGAACACUGCCAGGAGUUCAGUUAUAUGCUGAGGGGCCGCAACAGGCAGACUGACACAGAAAUCUCCGUCAGCCUCCUCUCAGUCAUUGUGACGUUCUGCGGCAUCGUUCUGCUCUCCGUUUCUCUCUUUGUCUCAUGGAAGCUCUGCUGGCUGCCCUGGAGGGACAAAGAGGGGGGCGGCCUCAGCCUGACUGCGGGGCUCCUGCCUGGGGGAGGAAUUGGCGGAGCUGGAGGGUCAUCCCUCCUUCCCCCUCUCAUACAGAGGAAGGAGACACACUCCUCCUCCUCCCUCUAUCCCUCUCUCUCCCAGUCUCAGCACCACCCUCACUUCUCUGAUGUGCUGACGGUCGAGAGGGGUGAGGGAGGCGGAGUUGGGGGAGUGAUCGGGGGGCCUGAGAGAGCCCCCAUUGGAGCAGUGGUAGGAGGUCCCCAGGAGACGCAGGAACAUUCUUACCUGGACAUGGACUCCUACCCCAACACUGCAGGGGGUGGUUUGAAGCUGAGCCAGACCUCUCCAGAGCUGCCCCCGGCAUCCGAGACAGGCCCUGCUGCCCAGCCACACAGGGACUUACCCAAUGCCCACUCCCAGCAGCAGGUCACUGCACGACCACGCCCCAUGACCCACCAGCUCUCCAGCCCUGAUUUCCAUGGUGACGAGAAGAGUGAGCAAGUGACCAGCAUUGGCCAGAUUAAACCAGAACUGUACAGACUACGGCAGGGAGAGCAGGGUGAGGGGAAACAAGGGGACACUUGUGGGAAAAUCAGCUUCCUUUUGCGCUAUGCCUUCAACACAGAGCAGCUGGUUGUUAAAAUCCUUAAAGCUCUGGACUUACCAGCGAAAGAUGCCAAUGGAUUCUCUGACCCCUAUGUCAAGAUCUACUUGCUGCCAGACAGGAAGAAGAAAUUUCAGACAAAGGUCCACAGAAAGACAUUAAACCCAGUCUUCAAUGAAACAUUUCAGUUUGGAGUGCCUCUGGCAGAGCUCCACUCGCGGAAGCUGCACUUCUCCAUCUAUGACUUUGACCGCUUUUCCCGACAUGAUCUCAUAGGACAGGUCGUAGUGGACAACCUGCUGGACUUCAGUGAGGGGAGUGGGGAGAAGCCAGUGUGGAGGGACAUUGUGGAAGGGCACGCGGAAAAAGCAGAUCUGGGAGAGCUGAACUUCUCCCUGUGUUACCUGCCCACGGCUGGCAGACUCACUGCCACUGUCAUUAAAGCCACUAAUCUGAAGGCCAUGGACCUCACUGGAUUCUCAGAUCCCUAUGUGAAAGCCUCUUUGAUCUGCGAUGGCCGCAGGCUGAAGAAGAGAAAGACCUCCAUCAAGAAGAAUACUCUUAACCCCGUCUACAACGAGGCACUGGUCUUUGACAUACCUCACGAGAACAUCGACCACGUGUCUUUAAUCAUUGCUGUCAUGGACUAUGACUGUAUUGGUCACAAUGAGGUGAUAGGGAUGUGUCGUGUGGGCAGUGAUGCAGACGGGCCCGGCAGGGAGCACUGGACAGCCAUGUUAGCCAACCCCCGCAAGCCCAUUGAGCACUGGCACCAGCUGGUAGAGGAGAAGUCCAUGAGUACCUAUGUGUCAAAGAGCGCGACAUCCUCCUCCAAGCCUCACAUUGUGGUGGAUAGUCCUCACUCUGAGUAGAGCUGGUUCUCAGGCACUGUCCUCCUCCAUACUCCAGACUCCUCUCCCCUCCUCGUCUGUAAUUCAUUCUCUACAUCAAAGAAAGACAGAGAGGGAGAUAAUGGGAGACCUCUAGUUUUGAUAUGGCUACAAGUAAUAGUAUACUAACUUUGAAGAGCUCUACACAUGUAGAUACCAGGAAAUGUACACUGAAGUGCAACUUUCACUGCUUCCGAGAAACACAAAAUCCCCAGCAAACACAUACAAUAAACCUAUAGUUUAGUUCUGAAACACAAAGCAUUGCACUGACAGAACACAUAAACAAGUACACAGUGUUCCUGAUACACACACACACACACACACACACACACACACACACACACACACACACACACAGUAGAACAUGUAGAUACAAUACACACAAAGUGCAGACACACUAUUUAAUACACAUGCACAGUGAGUGUAGUCACCUAGACUCUAAGAGAAGAAAGCAUUUGAUGGACUUCUUUAGAAUGGUGUAUAUAAACACAAUGGAUUCAUAAUGGAGGAAUGUACAGUGUGAAACACAAGUCUUGCUCCAAAAAUAAAGAAAAAAAAACUAAAUCACAAUUUGGUUGAUUUUAUACAAAUCCUGACAAGUGAAUUUUUGGGAUUAUAUCUGUAGACUUCUAAAAAAAUCUGUAAUUGGAACCACAAAGGUCUGUUUUGUCUGAAUUUCUAUUGAAUAUUGUUUUUUUUCAUGGAUAGGUGAAAUUCUGAUGUCUUGAUAUCAUUUUAGGAGGUGAGAUACCAUCAUUGAUGCUGGCACUGAUGCUCAUGUGCCCCUACUUUGUGAAUAUUUUAUCUUUUAUCAAACCACAAAUCUGACUUUUAUGUAAUUCUUGCACAGUCUGAAAAUAUCUUGCCCUGUUCAUCCAGUAUGUGUCAGGGGAUGGGUAAAUGUGGAUGGACUGAUAGUCGACUAAAGCAUGUUUGAAAUAUGUCACCCUGCCUCAUACAUUUUUUUCCACCUUAUUGGAGCUCAUGUUGGUCAAUUAUAAGCCUUUAUUUUUAGAUUUUUUAAUGUGACAAAAAUCAACAUACAUAAACAGUUCUUAAAAGCAGUUUUUCUGUUAUAUGUCUUGGAUGAAGCAGGGGGAAGCCAUGGAGGUGGCAUUAAAUGUUGCUCUUUCAGCAUGCCAUGGUGAACUGUGCCACAAUGUCUGACACACAGACUUCAUUUACGAGGAUUAUCUAAAUGACUAAUGUUGAAUCGGCAAUGUUUGUCAUGGGACCUAAAUUAUGGAUGCACCAGCUUGCUUUUGUGUGCAGCUCUGCA